AUGGCCAGCGUUCUAGUAACCGGAGGUGGGCGUGGGCUCGGGCUCGGGCUUGUUCGUCUGCUAGCAUCUCUACCAGCAUCGACUAUCUCCAAGGUAUUUGUUACCACAAGAGGAAGCCCAUCGGAGGAUUUACGAAAAAUCGUCGAGACCUCUGGCGGACGAGUCAUUAAUGUCGAAUGCGAAGUUGUCGACGCGGCAAGCGUUAAGCGUGCUGCGGCUGAGGUUGAGGAGAAGCUUGGAGGGGAGGGGUUAGAUAUCUUGAUCAAUAAUGUUGCUGUGAUACCUCAGAUGAGCGGGCUUUAUCCACAAGGCAUUCGCAACAUGGAGGCAGAAGAGAUGUUGCAGGAAUUCAACGUCAACGUCGCUUCAACACACAGGGUUACUGCUGCAUUCAUUCCUUUAUUACAACAAGGAAAGCAAAAGAAGAUUGCUAUGGUAUCAUCAUCUGCUGGUUCAAUUUCAUGGGCAAACCGGUACUCCUUCUCGCCUGCGUAUGCAUAUAAAAUCACCAAGGCCGCAAUGAACAUGAUGGCGGUUCAAUACGCAAUUGAAUAUGAGAAGGAUGGAUUUACCUUUUUGACACUAUCCCCCGGCAUGCAGUGGCUGAAAACUACCAUGGGCGGCGACAUGGCUGACCUUGACGUUGAGACGGGAGCCAAGGCAACAUGGGACAUUGUGAACAAAGCUGAUAAAAGUUACAAUGGAAAGUUUUACAACAUACAUGUUCCUGGCUGGGAACACAACGAAGGCGUAAACCAAUAUGACGGACUGGAAAUCCCCUGGUAG